AUGACGUGCGCGGCCGUCAUUACCGGCUCUGACGUGCAACACUGCGAGAGCCUGGUGCGCAAGAUGCUGGUGGUGGAGCCGCAGCGACGGCUGACCAUGCCGCAAGUGUUCCGCCACCGCUGGCUGCAGGCCGGCCCCACUGCCGCCCCGCCGCCGCCGCCGCCACCCCCACCGCCGCCGCCGCCGCCGCUGCCGCCAGUGACGCUGGCGACUGCGGCCUUGGCCGACGUCAACGAGCACGUGCUGCGCGUCAUGCAGGGCCUGGGCAUCGACACGUCCGUCACGCGCCAGUCGGUGGCGCGGCGGGCCUACGACCACCACGCCGGUAUCUACCUUCUGCUGGAGGAGCGGCUGCGCCUGCACCGCAGCAGUUACCCGUGUCCAGCGGCCUGUCUGCUGACGCCGCGCCGGCCGAGCAGCGUGGCCGAGCAGGCAGCGCGGCUCACGGCCGGACCCGAGGCCGAGCCGCCCGCCAGCGGCGCCGGUGCCAGCGCGGCAGGCGGCGGCGGCGGCGGAGCAGGCGGCGGCGCACCCUCCUUCGACGAGGGCGUCGAGGUGGACAUGGUGGACGAGCUGCCGGCGGCGGCGGCGGCCGGCCGGCACCCACCGGUGGCGCGCAAGCCGUCUGAUGGCGCGUCGGCCACCGAGUCGCCGUUCGGUUCCGUCACCAGCACCGAGUCCAACAACUUCGAGUCCUUCGACUCGCAAAUGGAGCCGGACAUGUUCAGCAGCUCGAGCUCGUGCUACCAGCCGGCACCGGCGCUGGCCAAGCCGCCAUGCCGGCCGACUCUGGCGUGCCGACACAGCGUGCGUCACAACCCGCUGGAGCAGACGGCCACCGGACGCCGAUCGCCCGUCAGCUUCCGCGAGGGUCGCCGCGCCUCCGACGGCCUGGUGGCCUCUCAGGGAAUGGUAGCGUUCAACCACCGUCUGAACCAAGGUCAGAAAGCGGGCGGCUUCACCGAACUGAGCUGUCUGCAGCAGGAGCAUGCUUGCCUGCGCGCGCAAGUCACUCGCCAGAGGCACGGACAGCUGAAGCGGCCGCCCAGGCCGCGCUGCUGUUACAAGCCGGCGACGGCGGGCGGCGAGCUGCUGCAGCCGGAGCUGCACUUUCAGCCGAUCGCCGAGGACGUCGGCACGGCCGACGGCUGGGACAACCUGCAGUACAGCCUGGCCAACUGCCAGAUCACACCAAGGCUGGCGGCCGACAGCUGACCGGCCCGGCCGGCCGCCGGCACCCAGCCUUGACCGGCCCGGCCCGGCCGGGCACGGCCGGUCUGCAACUCAACGGACACAGAUCGGCCCGAUCGGUCGUCUGUUCUGCUGAGAUCGGCUCGGUCAAUGGUGCAGCAGUCAGCGGCGUUCCUUUUCGCCCGGCUGCGGAAGGGAGGGACCGCGCGAUUCCCGUGCGGAGCGCGCCGGCGCUCGCCGCAGCUGCAGUGUACGUGUUCCUUCGCCGGCGCGGCUGGCCCCCGGGCUCCUGUAGUCAACCCAGCAAUAACGCCACACAGCCGUCUGGCAUGCGUGUAGAGAUCGUUAUUUUUUUGAGUCGCCGUGGCCUGCCACACAUGUGCUGUAUCGUUGUAAUCCUGCGUUGUGUCGCGGACGAGGUGUUCCGCUGCCCGUCGUGUGGAUGAGCAGCCGCGGCGCGUCCGGCUCUGAUGACCCGGCGCGUGGUGCUGGUGUUCCCGUGUCCUCGGAGCCAGCGACUGGCGCCGUCAGGGCCCCCCCUGUUGCCGUACCUUGCCAGAUGUGCGCGCUGGCGAGACCAAGACCGGCGCGUCUGUGGCGCGGCAGCCGCGUGCCGUCGGCGCGCGCGCGUGAGGAACUCUGCUGGUCCCUGUGACCCGCCGGCUCCGUACUUACGGCUACGCGCCCGCUUGUGCGCUGGGCGCUGGGUGCGGCUCGGAGAUGAUAACCAAAUGGACGCGGUCGGCGCCCGAAUCAUGACAGUGCGCGAGUGGCGUCCGGUGGGGAGACGUCCCGCGCCGCCCUUGCGGCGCAGCGGGCCGCGUCCGGCCGCGGGCGUCCAGUGUAAACAUCAGGCUUUUCUAGUCAGUUGAAUGCGUGUCGUUUUGUACCGAGUUUUUUGUUGGGUGCAAGCCUGGGUGUUGAGUUUGGUUAUCUCUCAGUUGUUGGUACUUCUAGUCGAUAUCGCUGACUGCAGUCUUUCAUUUCGGCCUGUGGCGCGGCGGCUGCACUGGCCCCCAUUCCUAGCGGUCGGCGGCAGACGGCGCCACUAUCGAGGGGCGCCCACUUGUGCACCGCGCAUCUGUAGACGCGCAGACACACACACACACACACACACCCAUAUAUA